UUUUAAGUCUUUUUGCAAUUGAUGCCAGCGUAGAGAGAGAAGAUCAAAUCCUCAAUCUUCUUUCUCAAUCCUCAACUACCUUUGAAUUUCUCUCUCUUCUGCUCUCACUCUCACUCUCUCUCACUUGGGGUUGAAGAUGAGAAUUUGUGGAGCAGCAAUCAGCAGCAGCUACACCACCACGUCCAAUUCCCUUUUAGUGUUUGCUUCCUCUUCCCUCUCCAGUCCUGCAAAAACCAAGUUCCUGCCCUCACUUUCUAGAUUUUCUGUCAAGCGUCCGUACUUCCUUUCCCAAACUUAUCCGCGCAUUGCUGUGAACAAGCCCUCCAUGAACCUGUUGAACAGACUCGGGUUUGGCAGCGCAAGAGCAACAGAGAACAUGGAUUCAUCCAUUCCUCAGGGUCCAGAUGAUGACAUACCAGCACCAGGCCAGCAGUUUGCCGAGUUUGGUGCUGGCUGUUUUUGGGGUGUUGAGUUGGCCUUCCAGAGGGUGCCUGGGGUGACCAAGACAGAGGUUGGCUACACCCAGGGGCUUGUGCAUAAUCCAACCUAUGAGGAUGUGUGUACAGGGACCACCAACCACUCAGAGGUUGUAAGGAUUCAAUAUGAUCCAAAAAAUUGCAGCUAUGAGACUCUGCUUGACAUGUUCUGGUCUAGACAUGAUCCUACCACUCUGAAUAGACAGGGGAAUGAUGUGGGAACACAGUACAGAUCUGGAAUAUACUACUACACGCCGGAACAAGAGAAGGCGGCCAAGGAGUCGUUGGAACAACAGCAGAAGCAGUUGAACAGGAAGAUUGUCACUGAGAUCCUUCCUGCCAAAAAGUUCUACAGGGCAGAGGAGUACCAUCAACAGUACCUUGAGAAGGGUGGCCGAUUUGGUUUCAAGCAAUCUGCUUCUAAAGGCUGCAAUGAUCCAAUCCGGUGCUACGGUUAAUUGUCAUAAGUGAAUUGCCAUCAAAGAUCAAUGUGACCGGUUCUUUAGACGUUGAAAUUCCAUAGUUUUGUUAGUAAGUAUUUGUUAAUAUAUCAACAAAGCUUGUGCACAUUGUAUUUGAGGUUGAAGAUGGACAUAGCCAUAUAUUCAGUUGUAGAGUUGUAUAUUGUCUUUGAUAUAUAAUAUGACUUUGCUUUGAAA